UGCACUACCGCCAUGACCGGAAAUCGAGUUCUUCUUCUUGUACUGGUGCUGUUGACCGGGCAACUGGCCAAUGCCCUGAGUUCGUCACCCGCGGGGAGUGCGCUCAAAACGUCGCCAAUCGAACUCCUGGGGAAAAUACCUCCCUGCGCAAUAACCUGUUUAACUACUCACGCGCCUUCGAUUGGUUGUGCUCUUCUUGACUUCGAAUGCCAAUGCUCGUCGACAAACUCCACAAAGAUCCUUCAACCGUGUCUUGAAGCCCAAUGCACUUAUGAACAAACCUUCCAGCUUCUGCAUGUUCAAGCAGAUUUAUGUGACAAGCCACGCGAUAGUAAAUCGCUCCAUGUGGAGAUUACAGCGUACUGUUCUGGGAUCGUGGCUGUCUGCGCUGUUGUGCUGCGUUUCAUAUCGCGGUACAUCGGUGGAAGCAAACUAUGGUGGGACGACUGGCUGCAGCUAGCGUCUGUUAUUCUUGUCAUACCCAUGACUGUAGCAUUGCUCUUGAAUGUUAGAUCAGGAGUCGGUCGGCAUAUCUGGGAUCUGAAGUACGAAGACGUGAUGAAUGUCGGUAAAUACACGUACAUAGCCACCGUUUUCUGGGCGGUUGAGCUUCUUCUUCUAAAGUUUAGUAUCCUAUGUCUCUACCUUCGACUAUUUCCGAAUCCAUGGCUCAAGCGCGGGGUCAUCUGGUUCUCCGUAUUCACCGCCCUCUUCACAAUCCCACUUAUUGGAAUGGCAGCGUUUCAAUGCGUACCAGUCCACGCCAUCUGGGACCUAGAAGCGAAGAAGUCAGCCAAGUGUAUCGAUUACAUUGGUAUACUCAAAGCCACUGUAGUAUACGAGGUGGUCGCAGAAACGAUACUUUUCGCGCUUCCUGUUCCGAUUGUCCUCAAGUUGAAACUGAAGCGGACGAAGAAAAUCCAACUCAUGACCUUCUUCGGGCUAGGCAUUAUUGUAAUCGGCAUCUCAUGCGCGCGCCUCCCCGGCCUUCCAGGCGUCGUCGACUCCGAAGACCAACCUUACACGACCGUCCACGCAACCAUCCUCGGCUUCACCGCGAGCGGAGUCGGACACAUUUGCGCCGCAGUCCCCACUAUCCGCGCUCUCCUCCGCCUCGUUUGCUGCUCCGCCAACCCAGAUGGCUCGCGACCCUCAAACUUCGGUGGCAGCUCAGGCGCCUCAAAAGGGAAGCUAGGAAGCUCACAGCAAAGUUCGCGGUAUUCGCGCACGAACGACACCUAUCCGCCACCGCACAAGCGCAAGUUCUCGGAACCCGUGAUUACACAUCAAACGUACGAUUCUGCACGCGAUCUUACGAGUUCGAGUGGUGCAGAUUAUCUGCCAGAGGAGUGGGAUCGAGGCUCGUUUUCUGGCAAGUCGCGUGGAGAUGAUCGGGAUGAUAAAAGUCAUUUUGGGCCUGAUCCGUAUGAGUUACAGGAUUUGACACCAUUGCCCCCACGCGCCCAUCUGGGCUCUGCUGAUGGGUCAAGAAGGAAUAGGAUACCUACGCCUGGUCGGAGUAAAUGGGUGUUGCUAGAUAACAGUCGUGACACCGCAUUGCAAAACAAUACGGACACCACUCGGCAAUAG